UUUAAGAAAUCAAGGAAAAAAAAAAAAGAAAAAAAGAAAAAAAGAAGUAAUGGUUAUGGGCUUGCAGGGCAUACUAAAAAAAGUAUCCUCCAUGGCAAUUGGAAUUCUACUUGUUUUAGCCACCACAACCAAAGCAGCAGCUCAAUCCGCCCUUGACUGCCGUGAAAGCUGUGGUGAUCUCAAAGUUCCAUAUCCUUUUGGAAUGGAUAGAGAGGGUUGUUACUUGGGAAAGAAAUUUGUAAUCACAUGCAACCAAUCUUUCCAUCCUCCCAAAGCAUUUCUAAUGAGAGGCAAUGUCGAAGUUACUAACAUAUCCCUUGAUGAUGGUGAGUUGAGCAUCACCAACUUCAUCGGCCGAGACUGUUACGAUGAGACAACGGCUCUGCGAACUUAUCGGAACAGGCCUAGGCUCAAUCUGCCCUUAUACACCGUCUCUUCUACGAAAAACAAAUUUUUUGCCGUUGGCUGCGAUACCAAUGCUUUUGUUGAAGGAUACCGAGGGACAGAAAGAUAUGCUACUGGCUGCAUAUCCUCGUGUGAUAGCGUCGAGACCUUCAACGAGUCUUGCUCGGGCGUGGGGUGUUGUCAAACUUCCAUCCCAUAUGGAAUAAAAAAUGUUACAGUGGUAGUGAAUAGCUAUUAUAACCAUUCGGGUAUAUUGGAUUUUGACCCGUGUAGCUUUGCCUUCGUGGUCGACGAAAGCAAGUUCAAGUUUUCCCACACGAGUUUUAAGGACUUGCAAAACAUUGAAGAGCUUCCUAUGGUUAUUAAUUGGGCAAUAGGGGAUGAGAGCGGUGGUGAUUAUGAGCACUGUUAUGAAGCAGAAAAGAGUUCGAACUUCGCUUGCAAAAAUAAUAGCAAGUGUAUCGACGUCCACGAUGGGUCUGGUGGUUACCGCUGCCAGUGCUUGACCGGUUACCAAGGGAAUCCGUACCACCGAGAUGGUUGCCAAGGUAUCAAACUAAUCACAUAUAUACUUACAUAUACAAAUAUAUUCAUAAAUGUUGAUGAAUGCGAGAAUAUUUCAAACCCGUGCAAUCCGGGAAAGUGCCAUAAUUUACCUGGGAACUGGACGUGUACAUGUCCAAAGGGGUACAGAAUUAUUAAUGGAACGGCUUGCAGCCAAAGCAAUGCAAUAGAUCAAUCUGCGAGACUUCUCGUUCUCUAUAUUGCACUGGGUGUAAGUCUCGCGUUGUUGGUUGCAGUUUCAAUGAUGUGUUGGGGAGUAAACAAAAUUAAGCUAAGAAAAUUAAAGAAGAAGUUCUUCGAGCAAAAUGGUGGAUUAAUGUUGAGACAACGACUCUCAAAUCUUGAAACAGCGAAAAUUUUCACUGCAGAAGAACUUAAAAGAGCCACAAACAACUAUGAUGAAAAUAGAGUUAUUGGAGAAGGAGGCUAUGGAAAAGUCUAUAAGGGAAUAUUACCAGAUGGCCAAGAAGUUGCUAUAAAGAAGUCCAAAAUUGGUGACGAAACACAGACUGCACAGUUCAUCAAUGAAAUGGUCAUUCUUUUGCAAAUCAAUCAUAGGAACGUAGUUAAAUUGCUGGGUUGUUGCUUAGAGACAGAAGUUCCUUCGCUUGUUUACAAGUUCAUCACUAACGGAACUCUUUUCCAGCAUAUUCACGAGAAAGGAAAAGCACCUCUACUUCCAUGGAAGGUGAGAGUGAAGAUAGCAUCUGAAACUGCAGGGGCACUUGCAUAUUUACAUUCUGCAACUUCUACACCGAUUAUACAUAGAGAUGUGAAAACCUCAAACAUACUAUUAGAUGAAAAUUACAUGGCAAAAGUAUCGGACUUUGGAGCUUCAAAACUGAUUCCUAUAGACCAAAACCAGCUAACAACUUUGGUGCAAGGAACACUUGCGUACUUGGACCCAGAAUACUUCCACUCAAGCCAAUUAACAGAAAAGAGUGAUGUAUAUAUUUUUGGCGUUGUUUUGGCUGAGCUACUAACGAGCAAGGAAGUAGUUUCUUUCAACAGGCCUGAAGGUGAAAGAAACCUGGCAAUGUUCUUUGUAACUGCAAUUGAAGAGGACUGCUUACUUCAUGUUCUUGAUGGUGACAUUGUGGAUGAAGCAAAUGUCGAUGAAGUAAAGAAAGUCGCUAAUCUUGCAAAAAUGUGUUUGAGUGUGAAAGGGGAAGAAAGGCCUACAAUGAAAGAAGUAGCAAAUGAGCUAGAGGGACUGAUUAACUUGGACGAACAUCCAUGGCAAAAAGUUGAUUUAAUUGGAGAAGAGAAUGAGUACUUGCUUGGUUCAUCCUCAAACGCUUAUGAAAAUUCUAGCGGUGAAAGUGGAUUUAGGAGUAAUGGUACUGCAACCAUUGGGUAUGAUAGCAUGAAAAGCCAAAUGUUAAGCCCAUAUAAUGAUGCACGAUAGCGUAACCAAUGAGCUCGUUAUGAUUGCUGAGUUGCUUGGCUUUAUUAAAUGACGACUUAUUGGCAGAUUUAUGCUACUUAUAGUAGUAAAAAAAAGGAAGCAGAAUGUCUUCCUCUGUUUUCUUAUGCUGAAAUCUUUCUCUGUUUAGCUUUGCCCUUUUCAUGCUUUAUUCUCAAAUCUAGCUGCAUGUUUUCACCGUUUGGAAUAAUUUCCUCUUGUGGUUGGUAAUUUUUCGGAGA